AUGAUCAAGCCAACAAGAGCAUUGUUUAACGGUAAAUCCAUCAUCACCCAUAAUUGUGAAAACAAAAGGUUGACCUCCCUUUUGGGCUUGUCCUAUGCGAACAAGUCAAAUGCCAGAAAAUCCAUCAUGAUGACUCGAUGCUCCUUCCGUGAUUUUCAUUGCAAUUCAGCGAUGAAUGAAAAAUCAAUGAAAUCCAUCAACUUGCCAAUCCAUGAUAUUCCUGAAUCAUUUGAAGAGAGCUACAAAAUGUCCAUUGAUUUUGAGAAUGGUGGUGCUGAAAAGUUUUGGGCAACUCAGGCUGCACAACUUUCAUGGAUCAAACCGUACAAACGAGUGUUGAAUAAUGACAAUCCUCCUUUCAUUAAAUGGUUUGAAGGAGGUGAAAUUAAUGCUUGCUACAAUUGCUUGGAUGUUCAUGUGGAAGCUGGAAAAGGAGAUCGUAUUGCCUUCAUUUAUGAUAGUCCUGUUUCUACAAAUCAUAACAAUGGUAAACCAGUGGUUCAGAAAAUUACCUAUGCCAAAUUAUUGGAAAAUGUUCAAUUAUUAUCGAAUGUGCUGAAAACAAAAUUUAACAUUCAGCGAGGUGAUCGAGUGGUUAUUUACAUGCCGAUGGUCCCACAAGCGUUAGAAGCCAUGCUUGCAUGUCAAAGAGUGGGAGCCAUUCACUCAGUGGUGUUCGGUGGUUUCCAAGCUCACGAACUUGCCAUUAGAAUUCAAGACGCUCAACCCAAAUUGGUCAUCUCAGCCUCUCAUGGAUUGGAAGGAAUGAAUAAGGUCAUUGAUUACAAGGUCAUUCUUGAUGAAGCUUUUGAAAAAUCAGGCACUUCUGGUGUGGGAUUAAAGUCACUCGUCUAUCAGAGAACAUUCUUGCCAAAAGUUUCCCUAAAGGAAGGAAGAGAUUAUGAUUGGGAUUCUCUGGUCUAUGCACAAGAUAACAAACCAAUGAAGGAAGUUGUUGCUGUUCCAUCCGAAGAUCCAAUGUACUUGUUGUAUACAAGUGGAAGUACUGGAAAACCAAAAGGCGUUGUGAGAUCAUUGGCAGCUCACCUGGUAGCUCUCAAAUGGUCCAUGAAUGCAGUUUUUGGAAUGAACGAAGGUGACACAUUUCUUGCUACCUCUGAUUUAGGGUGGGUUGUGGGUUCAAGUUAUAUUUGUUACGGUCCGUUACUGAAAGGAUGUACCAGCAUUCUUUAUGAAGGUAAGCCUGUUGGCACUCCUGAUGCAAGUGCGAUCUGGAGAUUAAUUUCACAACAUGGAGUCAAUGUCAUUUUCAUUGCUCCUACUGGUGUCAGAGCGAUCAAGAAGGAAGACAUUACAGGUCAAUACAUCAAAGCAUUUGACUUGAGUACUUUGAGAGCCCUAUUUGUUGCUGGUGAAAGAUGUGACACGAACACAUUGUUUUGGCUUCAACAGCAUACUAACAGACCAAUUAUUGACAAUUAUUGGCAGACAGAAACAGGUUCACCUAUUUGUAGUGUCAUGCUUGGUUAUGAAAAGGACUAUUCCAAGAUUAAGGUCGCUCCAGGAUCUUGCAACAAACCGGUUCAUGGAUGGAACAUUAAAAUUCUCCCUAUUGAACAAGCAGAUAAGGGAGACGAUACAUCCUUAUUAUCUGAGUUGGCAGCUCACAAUGAAGGAUAUAUUGUCGCAAAAUGUCCUCUUCCACCAGGUGUCAUGAGUACUUUGUGGGGAAAUCCUCAAAGAUUUAUUGAAGGUUAUUUCAAAACCUUUAAUGGCUAUUAUAAAACUGGUGAUGCUGGCCAUAUGGAUGCACAAGGAAAUUUAUAUGUCAUGACAAGAACAGACGAUAUAAUUAACGUUUCAGCACACAGACUAAGUACUGCAGAGAUUGAAGAAAUUUUAUUGUCACUUCCUCAAGUGGCAGAGGCAGCCGUUGUGGGUGUGCACGAUGAUUUGAAAGGUCAAGUGCCUUUGGGAUUUGUGGUUUUAAAUGAGAAAUAUAAGAAUGUACCUAGAAUUGAAAUUGAAAAGAAGUGUAUUGACAUUAUCAGAAAGGAAAUUGGUCCAAUUGCAGUAUUCAAGAUUGUGAUUGUGUGUCCAAAAUUACCCAAGACACGUUCCGGAAAAGUACUGAGAGGAAUUCUGAGAAAUAUGGCAGAUGGUGAGCCAUUUGCAUUCCCUUCAACAAUUGAAGAUGCUAGUGUACUAGAUGAAAUCAAGACUAUUCUCGCAGAGCAUGGUCUUCCAAAAAAGAAGACUGAAUAA